GCGCCCUGCAGGCAACAGAAACGUCCGAAACAGUUUCUGCAUGAGCGUGGAACAACUGGAAUUUGUUUCUCUUGUCACCUGCACGCCACGUGCACGCAGCAACAUCUGCAGUAACAGCACCAACGGCGACAAUAUUAACAACAACGACAGCAACAAUAUGAACACACGACGCAGCACGGGCAGCAUCAAAACAAACAAACGGAACCUCAGCCGCUUAUAUGUGGCAACGCUUACCACAAAGACCAUAACACCAGAGCUACAUGCAGUGAACGCCAAGAUCUGCCGUCUGGUGGAGCAGCAUCCCUGCAUGUACGAUCGCUCCCAUGCAGCGUACAUGCGCAAAUCUCUUGUGGAACAGGCCUGGGUGGAGAUAGCCAAGGAGAUGAAUGACACAGUUGACAAUUGCAAGGAGCGCUUUAGGAAUAUACGCACUAGCUUUGCACGAUCCAUCAAUGUGCAGCGCGGCUCGAAUCGCGUCAAGCCUUAUUACCUCAGCGAGGAGCUGGAGUUUCUCAAGAAGCACAUCACGCCCGGUGUGCCGGUGCCCGUGAAGGGCCGUCGCUCGCGGGACAGCAGCAAUCGCAGAGGGGACGACAAUGACGAGUUCGAUGACAACGACGACGAGGAUGUGGGCGCUUUGGUCCACAUCAAGCAUUCGCUUAGCAGCGAUGAGCACGAGAACGAGAACAGUACGGACAGCUCGGAGUGGGUGGCUGAGGGGCAUGCGCGUGAGCUUGUCGCCAGCCAGUUGCAGAACAAACCAGAGGCUGAGCUGCAGCAACGGAGCGACGAGGACGAACAGAAGCCGAAACCCCAAUCGCAGCCGAAUUCAGUGACUCAAACUUGCCCCUUUCCGCCCAAGAAGCGGCGUCGUAUGGCCACCGAGCAGCUGCCCAAGUCAAACGAUCUGCCUUCCUCUCUGAACUCUCACUUUUCACAGCUGCCAGCUGCCGUUGGCGCCGACACGGAUGAACACAGCGUUGACAACAAAUCGUCCAUUGUGGACUUCGAUGAUGCCUUUCUGCAGGGCCUGCGUCCCGAGAUGAAUCACAUGGACUUCCAUCAGAAACUCUACUUCAAGCGUCGCGUUUACGAGCUGCUCAGCGAAAUAUUUGAGGGCGGCACAAAGGCGAACAGUCAACCGCGUACCAAUGGCCAGGCCGAGACCGGCCUCUCCACCAUUCCUAUGCAGCACCUGGGCCUCUUGGGUCGCUCGCUGCAGCUGCCCAAGCUGGCGCCCAAACCCUCCAAAGAUCUCUAAUUAGGCAUAACAAUUGAAUCGCCUAGAAAUAUGCCCAAAGAUGGCCGCAGCUGCAGACGGUGCGCUGUGUUAACCAUUUCGAAUUUAUGCUGUACAGUAAUUUCCACAUACCCAUUGCCACUUGGGUAUAGUUGUAGUUGUAAGACGUUACGAUUUUUAAAAUGUAAUAUUUACAUUAAAUACACAUAUUUUCAUAUAAAA